UGUUAAGUAGUAAUGUUCUCAACUGUGUCUGCAGCUGGUGGAAAAUCCUGAAGAUGGCCAAAGACAACUCCGCUGUUCGCUGUUUCCAGGGCGUGCUGAUUUUUGGAAAUGUAAUUAUUGGUAUGUGUGGCAUCGCUCUGACCGCAGAGUGCAUCUUCUUUGUAUCUGAUCAACACAGCCUCUACCCGCUGCUUGAAGCCACCGACAAUGAUGACAUCUAUGGGGCAGCCUGGAUUGGCAUGUUUGUUGGCAUCUGCCUCUUCUGCCUGUCCAUUCUAGGCAUUGUAGGCAUCAUGAAGUCCAACAGGAAAAUUCUUCUGGCGUAUUUCAUUCUGAUGUUUAUCGUAUACGGCUUUGAAGUGGCAUCUUGUAUCACAGCAGCAACACAACGAGACUUUUUCACACGCAACCUCUUCUUGAAGCAGAUGCUGGAGAGGUACCAAAACAACAGCCCUCCAAACAAUGAUGACCAAUGGAAAAACAACGGAGUCACCAAAACCUGGGACAGGCUCAUGCUCCAGGACAAUUGCUGUGGCGUCAACGGUCCAUCAGACUGGCAGAAAUACACGUCAGCCUUCCGGACCGAGAAUAACGACGCUGACUAUCCCUGGCCUCGUCAGUGCUGUGUUAUGAGCAAUCUUAAAGAACCUCUCAACCUGGAGGCCUGCAAACUCGGAGUGCCUGGUUAUUAUCACAAUCAGGGCUGCUAUGAACUCAUCUCCGGACCAAUGAACCGACAUGCCUGGGGGGUUGCCUGGUUUGGAUUUGCCAUUCUCUGCUGGACUUUUUGGGUUCUCCUGGGUACCAUGUUCUACUGGAGCAGAAUUGAAUAUUAAGAAUGAAGUGUCCUCACCACACCACCUUCCCCCAGCAACUCUGGAUUUGGCGCUGGAACCACGCUGUCCUAAUAUUCCACAUUUGUGCUCCACCGGAACAUGUGCAAUCUUGCUCAAAUUACCCAGUCAGUCAGCAUGGACUUCCUUUAGGCUCAGGCUCCUGAAAUUCUCACCACUGGUGUUUUCGCCCUGGUCUAGGAUUCUGCAACAUUUUAUAGACUGUGGGAAGGGAAGAAUUUACAAAGUAGAGAAUGACUACUCCCAUCCCUGUUUAUUUUUAAUUUGGGAGCGUACAGACAUUCUAGAGGAACCCGUGUUCUCAGAG